CCAGGUGAUGCAAAAUCUGGAGCAGGAGUAAAGAGAGGAGACUAUUUCAUCAUCAGAGUUUGACCGCUUCUUGGCAGAGCGUGCAGCAGCAGCAGAUGCUUUACCAACCAUCACUGCUGCCACAGGAUCCUCGGGUCAGCAUCAACGAACAAUGGCCCGUGAUGAUAAAGACAACCAGAUGUUUGCUCUUUAAAGCAAAUGUGAUACAG